AUGCCUCCCGACAAAGAAAAGGACCAAGUGAAAGAGCCUGUGCAGCAGGCUCAGCAUUACUCAAAACCAGCCUGGAUAGAACUGGUUUCCACCCCGUUCCGCCGAGGAGAGCCUCCCCAGAAGCCCAGCGAAGCUCUGCUGCGAUCAGUUCUUCAAUUCCAGGCAAACACAGCCAAAACAGCCUACGCAAAGCAGUACGCUGGAAGUCCUGAUGCACUGAAGGGGCCUUCAGGGCAGCCCCAGAGCCAGAAGAUAAGGCAACAGGAACCGAUCCCUCCGCUCUACAAAAGGGAGAGCUCCCCGCUGCAGCCGCAUCCCCCAGCCGACCAGCAGCUGCCGUUCCCGAAACACGCGCCGCAGCCACAGCUCCCCACGAUGGAUUCCCUGCUCCAGUCCCACCUCAGCCCGAACCAGCAGCAGGCUCUGCAGAUGAAAAAUACAGACCUGCCCCAAAGCCUUGCCCUCUCCCAAAGCAGCGCCGAGCAGCUGCUGGACAGGACAUCCUUCAGUCGGCUUAAAGCCGAGGAGUGUUUCCACGCCGGGAAUGUGUACCUGAAGUCAGCUGCGUUCCCGCUGCGUAACCUUCCGCUGGGCCCAGAGCAGGUACAGGGCACGAACGACAAAGCUCCCCAUUACACCCAGAAAGCCAGCACCGGUCCGCAGCAUCCCUGCCCAAACAACGUGCACUUGAUUGCCGAGAAGAAGGAAAACACCGGGAGCGCGGAGCGCUUCGGAGCCAGCAAGCUGCAGGACUUGCAGCACGCGCAGUAUUUCUCCAGUAACGUGACCGCCAAGCAAGACGCCAAUCACUGCUUUCAGGAAGAAGAGCCAGCUCCAGCGGUUCCGCUACCAGCGCUCCAGCAGCCGCAGCGCUACGGGGGCGGCCUGGGCCCGGACCUCCCGGGCCAACAAGCCCCGCACGUCCCUCAGCGGUACUUAGCGCAGCCGGCGGCCCCGCACCCGCAGGACCAGCGGGGCUGUCACCUGCAGGCCCAAGCCCCCAAGGAUUUCCCAAAGCACGCUGCCCUGAGGUGGCAUCUCCUGCAGAAGCAGGAGCAGCAAGCGUACCAGCAACCCAAGCCCGAGGCCGGUCCCACGCGCAAGCCCAUAAAAACCGAAGCCGGUGUAAAGUCGAACGCCUGUAUGCGUCCCUCGGCCGGACAGCUGGAAAACAAAAUGUGGAGGAAACCCAUUAAACAAGAGAAUCAGCACUUUGGCUGCGAGCACGUGCAACAGAAGAGCAUCAUCGAGACAAUGGAGCAGCAGCUGAAACAGAUCCAGGUCAAAUCACUGUUCGAUCACAAGACUUUUACUAUGAAGUCACCUAAACAUGUGAAGGUGGAAACGGCAGGGCCCAUCACCAUCCUCUCGAGAACUACCGGUGCUGCAGACUUUGACACUCACACCCCAACCCUAGAUCCGCAAGGAAACUCCUCUGCUGAGAAAACCCCGACCAAAAGAACAGCUGGAACUGUUCUCAAUAAUUUUUUAGACUCACCUUCCAAGUUACUGGAUACUCCUGUCAAAAAUCUGUUGGACACACCCGCCAAAACCCAGUACGAUUUCCCCUCGUGCAGUUGUGUCGGUGAGUGCCGGCCGGUACGGAAAACGUACCAGCUCGCAGGGGGGAAGCGAACCCUCACGCCGGGGUCGCGGGGUUAG